AUGAGUUUCAAGAAUAUGGUCAGUGGCUGCACGAUGGUAGGCAUGCUGCAGUUGAGCUGUACAAUAGGAACUAUUGUGUUGAUCACCCCAACACUGCCACUCAUAUUCUUGUCUCCAAAGCUUGGUCGCCGCGUGAUAGAUUUUCUCAUCAAACUGUGGUUUCUCUUGGCUGUGGCCUUAUAUGAACUACUGAUGGGAGUCAAAAUAGUCAUUACUGGAAAGCCAUCUAGACGUGGCGCAAGUUGCCUCAUUCUGGCUAACCAUCGCACUCGGCUUGACUGGUUCUUCCUCAUGUCUUACAUUUGCCGUUACAGUGCCAUUGAUCAGUAUAGAAUCUCUUUAAAAGAAUCUUUGAAGAAAGUCCCUGGAGCUGGUUGGGCAAUGCAGUGUGCUGGCUUUCUGUUUCUGAAGAGAAAAUGGGAAGAAGAUAAGGACCACAUAUCUGAUUGCAUUAAUUACUUCUCCAAAGUCAAGUCUCAACCACAGUUCCUGCUGUUUCCAGAGGGAACAGACAUGUGUCCCAAUGCUAUCAGAAGAAGCAACACAUUCGCAGAGAAGCAAGGCCUUCCAAACUAUGAAUAUGUUCUCCAUCCUCGUACAACAGGUUUUGUUCAUUUUGUGACAGAGAUGAAAAAAGCUCAAAUUCUGGAUUCUGUUUUGGAUGUUACUGUGGGGUAUCCCAAAACUUUAAUUCAAAGUGAAGUACAGACGCUGAAAGGAAAGUUUCCAGAAGAGAUCCACUUCUAUGUAGAAGAUCACCCCAUUGACACUCUCCCUGACUCUGAGAAGGAGCUAGAACUCUGGCUGACGAAACUCUGGAGUGCCAAGGAAGCCAGGCUUAAUCGAUUUUAUACUGUGGGACAUUUUGAAACAGAUACAAGUGAUUAUGAUAUUUCUGCCAUUCCCAAACCAAUUUCUGAAGUGGAGUUUAAGAAAACAUUAUAUGGAAUCAUUUUAUUUUGGGUGAUAUUUCUCAUUACUGUUUCUGUUGCUUUAUACAUUUCCAGGAUGUUUCAGAUAUACUGCUUGCUUUCGGGUUUAACCUAUGUGUUAAUAUACAUAAGACAUGGUGGAAUAGAUAGAGUCUUAUAUUCGUCAGUGAAACAAAAUCACUGA